AUCUCAGGUUCGAUCUGUUAUCAAAAUUUCACGUUCGCGUUUACAAAAAUUCCGAAAAAUUCAACCGAAAUCCAAGCACCGAAAGGAAGAGGGAAAAUUUGUCAUGUCUUUCGAUCAAGCUCCGAAGUGUUUUGUGCAACUGAGUAUAUUAUUGGAUUGUCGAACGAUUGUCGAACACGUUCAUAAAGAUAAACUCGCAUUUUAUGCUAAGAUUUUGAUAAGCGUUGGAUUGUCGUUGCUCGUCAUCUCGUGCCAAUUUUCUCAUCAGACUUUUGCCAAGAGACUCAACGCGACGAAACUGCUCGAAGAUUUUUUUGGGAGACCUGAGAAUAGUGAAAAAACUGGUAGGAAUGGUGAUUCGCUGAUGAUAACACGAGACACUUCGUAUUUACCCGAGAUCGACUACUUGGAGGACUACGAGAUUGAAAAAACUGAUCAACAGUUCACAAAUGUCGAUAGACCCGAUAGAAAUUUGUUGCCGGAAUAUCGAAGUCUCUGCGAAAUUAUGACACGAAAGGUUCAAAUGAGCGACACGAAAUACGAAUAUCAACCACCGUAUUAUCACGAGGUUUUUUGCAAAAGUUAUUCAAACUUCGAUAAAGUGCAAAGGAAUCCUGUGAAACCGGCAAGACAGAGAUGUGCCCAUCCCGGCUUCCACUGCGUUCAGCGAAGCAGGACACUCUUUAUGAUACGUCGAGCUUGGGAAGGAGAUUGCUGGGAACCAUUCACCAAAGAAAUAGCCAGCGGAUGUGAUUGCAUGUGGCCGGUCUCAAGCCUGGGCGACAUUUCAGCACAUUAUUAACUCUCGGAAGCGAGAAGCGGAAGCAUCAAUGGAAUAAAUAAUGCGAGCAUCAAAACUUCUUUGGGUUUUGACAAAUUUCGGGUUGUAGGCUGUUAUCUUCUUCGGUAAAAAAACGAUUACGAUCUAAAGAGAAAUUUGUAUCGAUUAAUAAAUUGAAAAUUAUUAUU